UAAUUAUUAAAUUAUUAAAUAUUUUUCUUUCAUUUUCUAUCUCCCCUUCCACUGCAGAAUUCUCUUUAGUAGUAAUCCGAAUUCGAUUUCUUUUCUGAAGGUUCUCUCUCUGAAACUCUUCCAUUUUCCUUGUUUUAAGCGAACAUCGUUUAGACAUUGGCGAUCUGCUUCCAUUUCUUGCUUCGUCGCUUUGGUUAUCGGAUGUCUCAUAGAUUCGUUGGUUUUAGAUGAUACGAACUGGUUGCAGCUUGUAGAAGCUGCAUUUGAGGAUGUUGAUAAUUUUCUGGGUGAUAUUCAAUCAUUCUUAUAAUGAGAAGUCGGUUCCUGACAACAUCAUACGUUUCAUGCUACAGUUUAUCAGCAGUAAACCGUGUAUGCAAGCUAGUGAUCAUGCCUAUGUCGAUACAGUCGACAUCUCUAUUUGGAGGUUGUUAGAAGUACAUUGACAAAUUGUUGAUUAUUAUCUGCUACAACUGCAAUAAUGGAAAGGUAUAAAAUUUUAGAAGAGCUUGGAGAUGGUACCUGUGGUAGCGUGUUCAAAGCCUUCAAUAUAGAGACAUUUGAGAUUGUUGCUGUUAAGAAAAUGAAAAGGAAGUUCUACUUUUGGGAAGAGUGUAUGAAUCUAAGAGAAGUCAAGGCCCUUUGUAAGCUAAAUCACCCUAAUAUUGUAAAGUUAAAGGAGGUUGUCAGGGAAAACAAUGAACUAUUCUUCAUUUUCGAGUACAUGGAGCAUAAUCUGUACCAAAUCAUGAAAGAGCAACAAAGACCUUUUUCUGAAGGGGAGAUACGCAGCUUCAUGUCUCAGAUGCUGCAAGGACUUGUCCACAUGCAUGGGAAUGGAUAUUUUCAUCGAGAUCUGAAACCUGAAAACUUGCUGGUCACCAAGGAUUUUCUCAAAAUUGCUGAUUUUGGACUGGCGAGAGAAGUAUUGUCAAUGCCUCCUUACACAGAAUAUGUUUCCACUAGGUGGUACCGUGCUCCCGAAGUCUUGUUGCAGUCUUCCUAUUACACUCCUGCAAUUGAUAUGUGGGCUGUUGGUGCAAUAUUAGCAGAGCUUUUCACAUUGUCUCCUAUUUUCCCUGGUGAAAGUGAAAUUGAUCAACUAUACAAGAUAUGCUGUGUUCUGGGUGCACCAGAUUGGACUUCUUUCCCUGAAGCAACAAAUAUCUCUCGUCUAAUCAAUAUCAGCUAUUCUGAGAUAUCACCUACCAACCUAUCAGAUAUCAUGCCCAAUGCCAGCUCAGAGGCUGUUGAUUUAAUCUCGCAACUUUGCUCAUGGGACCCAUUAAGGAGGCCAACGGCAGAACAGGCAUUGCAGCAUCCUUUUUUUAAUGUGGAUGUGCAUGUUCCUCAUCCGCUACUGUGUGAUCCACUUGAGCUGAGGCUAAACAACAUGGGGACGAAACCAAAUCUUGAGUUGAAUCUAUGGGAUUUCGGCACUGAACCUGAUGAUUGUUUUCUGGGUUUGACACUUGCUGUGAAACCAAGUGCUUCAAACUUAGAAAUGGUUCAUACUGUCUCUCAAAGUAUGGAGGAGGAUAUACUGUUUUGUCCUAGACUGAACGAUCAUCCAGAGCAAUCAGUGUUUUGGUCAUUGCUGACUCCUGAUCAAAAUGGAAUUCACACGCCAGCUGGAUCUUCAUUGUCUCUCUCAUUCAAUUCGAUCCAGCAUGCACCAAUUGGAGUUCCACAAUCUGCUGGGUUUGUAAUCACAUCAUUGCAGCCUAACCUUUUAGAACGUCAAUGGUUAGCAGUGCCAACCCCCUUUCAGCAAGCACAUUUUACCUUGGACUGAAUUGAAUUGGUAAAAUGGCUGGGGAUGUAAUGUAAUUGGUAAAAUAGCUGCUUCUACUAUUUGUGUUAUCCGUCACUCAAAGUCGGUUCCUUGGGAUGGGGUGCAAGUUUUUUCAGAUUUUAGUACUCAAGUAUAGGAAAUUAAUUACUCUUUUUACAGUCAAAAUAUAGGUGUACUCAAAUCAAAAGAACAACUUUUCUCAGCUA